AUGUAUAAUCUAUGCCGGUUAGGCCUUCGACCGACGAUAUCCUCCAUUUUUGUGCGAUGUAACAACCAGCUGACUCGACCAACACUUCAGCGUUUCGCCGCCGCGUCACAAUGUCGGAUCAUCCACACAACACCCAGGAUUAGUGACGAUGCACAAAAGAAGAAAAACUGGUCGAUGAUCAUGUCAGAGGAUGUGAAGCAGAAAAAGAAGGACAAGAUUUCAACCGAAAAAGAGGAAAAAGUGCCCGAGGGCAUGGUUGCAAAAGUGAAGUAUUAUCUGAAGCGUUACUGGUAUAUUGCGAUCCCAUGUCACAUGUUCUGCUCCACGAUGUAUUUAGCCGGGCUAUAUGGCAUUGUAUAUAGUGGUGUUGAUGUAGUGUCGUUAUUACAUACCCUGCACAUGCCUGAAUUGCUGAUCGAAAAGGUGAAAAAUACACCUCCGCAAGCCGGCGCUCUGGUCGUCGCAUUGAUUUUGUAUAAGGUGGCAACACCGCUUCGAUACAUGACGACUCUCGGGCUAAUUCAACUCGCUUUCAUCGUCCUUAGGCGUAUGGGCAAGUUGAGGACAGCUAAAGAGGUGGAAUACAAGGGACGUAUCGGAUAUGAGAAAGCUGUCCGGAAGUACGGUCGCCGCGCCUACAGAAAUCGGCACCUUGGCGUUCGGGAGAUUGCGAAAGCGAAUAGUGAGCAGACGGCACAUACCAAUGCUGUAAAUGAGGCGGCUAAGGACAUUCUUUCAAAAACGAAGAAGAAC